GGUCCCAAAUAAUUUCUUCCCCAUCAUCUCUUUUGUUAUUUGUGGCUGUCUGAGUUCAUCCUCUCUCUCCUCAAACUCUUUGGCACAUUCUCUCUCUGCUGAUUUCAUCUGAAAGUCUGAAACCUUCGCCCUGUUUAUUAAACACACCAUUUUUCUUAACUGAUCUGUUACUUUGCCACUUGGGAAAGUUCAAACUUUUCUCUGGGUUUUCAGGAGAGUCGAUUCUGGAAAGAUGGUGAAAUGUUGGUACUGCGGUUUUAGGGGAAAAUGUUAUGUUGUAGAGUAAGUGAUAUGAGUACAAGCAGGAGGGUAAUCUUUUAGCAGCAUUGUGCAUGUUUUGCUGCUUUAUAGAUGGACCUGAGUCAGUGAGUGGGAUAAAAGAAGCCUUUGAGAAAAUGCUGAUUCAGAAACCAUUAUGGAAUAUAUUGGAUUAUGGGCAUUAUCCAUGGUAUUGAUGCUCAAACAUGAGUACUGAUUGUGUUUUCGGCUCUACUUCAGCCUUCUUUUUCAUGUCAUUAUCUAGUUGACUAUCAUAUGUAGCUAAUAGUUACUGGGUUCAACACUGCUCACUCCUCCCUUUCUGUCUACCAAGCCCGUAAUAAGGUGCUUGUAAACAUUUUUUGCACGAUAAAAUUGCAGCAUAACAAGUAUUCUGCACCUGUCAAAUCUGGUAAACAAAUAGAUUCUGCAUCAUGAAUCUUCCUGGUAGAAAAUCCUUAACUGCAAACGACUCUAGCAAAGUGACAACUGCUUAUUGCCAUGCUCUUCCAUCAGUUGACUUCUCAUGUGUUGAAACAUGCCAAGGUUCAGUGUCAAGUGAAUCUUCAUAUCCAUUUUUGAAGCAAUCAGGAAAACUAAGACACCCAUCUGGACCAACUGACAUAUUCUCAUCUAGUUGUGACAAGAGUGCACCUUCUCGUUCUUCUAUGUUCUGCACGAACCUGUAUUUAUCAUCUUCAUCAAGUUCAGAAGCUCAAAGGCAGCUUGGGAAUCUUCCAUUUCUUCCAAGCCCCUCUGCACCUCGAUCAACAAAGACCCAAUUGUUUCUUAAUGACGAUUCAAUUUCAGACAGUGUAUGUGAGCAAAAGCACUCUGAGGAUACAUUUAAAGAUUUUCUUAAUUUUUCUGGAAGCUUGUCUGAUGGUGACUUUGAUGAUGUUACUUGCGGAAGUGACUCUUUGGCAUUUUCAGAGCAUUUGGAGCUACAAUUAUUGUCUGACGAACUACACUUAGCUAUAACUGAUAGCGCAGAAAAUCCUGGAAUGGAUGAAAUAUACGAAGUAUCUCCAGUGACGUCGAGGCCAGGCAUCCCAUCAACAGUACAGAAGAAUCCUCAGCCCGUUCCACCAUCCAUAAAUGCUAUUUCUGGUAACAAGACAUCUGAGACUGGUGCUUCUCAUAAGCAAAGGAUGAGGUGGACACCCGAGCUCCAUGAACGUUUUAUCGAAGCUGUCAAAAAACUCGAUGGCCCUGAAAAGGCAACUCCUAAAGGCGUGUUAAAGAUUAUGAAUGUUGAAGGGAUCACCAUCUAUCAUGUGAAAAGCCACUUGCAGAAAUACCGACUUGCCAAGUAUAUACCAGAGAAAAAGGAAGAGAAGAAGACUUCUAGUUCAGAGGAGAAAAAAACACUUUCAAGCACCAAAGAAUCUGAUUCAUCGAAGAAAGGGAGUAUAAAUGAGGCUCUCCGUAUGCAAAUGGAAGUGCAAAAGCAGCUACAUGAGCAACUUGAGGUGCAAAGAGCACUUCAGGUACGCAUAGAGGAACACGCACGGUACUUGCAGAAGAUCUUAGAAGAACAGCAAAAGGCUCAAACUGCCUUGGUCUCAACACAGUCCUUGUCAUCAGUUACAAGUGAAGAAGAGCCAGAGGUGGAACCGUGUCCUAAAUCACCAGCUAAGGCUGCUGAAUCAAAUACUGAUAUGUUAUCUACGCUGUCAUCUAAGCGUACAAAUGAGGUGUUGGAGCAGCAACCGUGCCAGAAAAGGCCUCGCCUAGACGAUGAAGCUAAGCCUGAACCCGAGCCUGAGUCUGAGCCACCAGUUGUUGACAUAUCUCUAUGAUUGGAAAGUGGCUUAGACUUGUACCAGUCAGUCUCUCAGUCAUUUCCUGUAAAUAUUGUCUAUUCGUGGUUUAGCUAGUUAUUCUAUUAGUAAUUCACCAAGUUCUGAGCUAGUAGUAGUAGUACUAGUAACAUUUUCUUUUAUAUAAUACUCUAUUUUACCAUUCUGAGCUUAAUAUAAGUGGUUCCAAAAUCAA